AUGUUUGACUCCCUCGUGCUCUCUCAGACACCUUCCAUAACCAGAUGCGGUCUCUCCCAGCGGGGCUGCUGCCUCUCGGGCGAUAGGGAGAAGGCGACCUCCACCAUCGAAGUGGCGUGCGACGCGACGGUACUGCCUGCAGCAUUCGAUGGACCCGUGCUCAGCUCUCCCGAGCCAAGCGAGGGUAUAGAGCUCGUCAGCCGUCCAGUUGGGAACCGGAAGCGGGAGAAGUGCUGCAAGAAGGAGAUCGAGGCUGAGGUCCCGGAGCGGCACCUGAUCUCAUCAGACAUCGUGCGUGACAUUAUCAUCGGGCUGAGUGAUGGGCUCAUGGUCCCUUUCGCCUUGACUGCCGGUCUGUCGUCAUUGGGGUCGUCCAAGCUGGUCUAUCAAGGUGGCUUUGCCGAGUUGAUGGCGGGUGCGAUUUCUAUGGGUGUCGGUGGCUAUCUCUCGGCCAAGAGCGAGCAGGACAUCUUUCGACACCAAUACUCUGCCGCUACUCGCCGGCUAGACCUCGCGUGCGCAUCCGAGGUCAGGCGGGACGUUCACGACAUCCUCGGCCCGUUCGGUAUCGACCCGAGGCUAACCGCACUGGUGGCAGACAGUCUGGAGAAGUCUCAGCAGGACGCCAAGCUCAAGGAUGAGACCGCCCUCCAUCCCACUGCAUCGACAGACACCCUUCCCGGCGGUCUUCGCCAACGUCUCCGGCGCGCAGCCUCGGCCUAUCCAACUUCCGCUCGGGGUACUGCUGCCUUCCUCGUCCAGCUCGGGCAAGGCAUGGAGGCGGUUCCGACCAGACGGCUCUUCAUCUCGGGCUUGACGAUCAGUCUGAGCUACUUCCUCGGCGGUCUCAUCCCGAUCAUCCCGUACUUGUGUGUGUCCGACGCUCUCCACGGCCUGUACUGGUCUAUCCUGGCGACCGGUAUCGUCCUCGUCCUAUUCGGCGCGGCGAAGGCGUGGUAUACCGGUGCCGCCACGGGCAAGCUCGGAGUCCUGUGGGGCGCCGCGUCAAUGUUGGCAGUGGGCGCCGCGUCUGCAGCUGCCGCCUAUGGAUUGGUCAAGGCUCUAGCGGGUCAUGGGGAUUAG